AUGACUACUACUUACUUUAUCACUGGUGCCAACAGAGGAAUUGGCUAUGAGUUGGCCAAGAAGAUCUCAGAGAACAAGGACAAUGUCGUCGUUGCCACCACCCGUUCGUGGGCCCGCGCAGAGCAGCUCAAGGAAUUGAAGAGAAGUAACCUUGAGAUUAUUCAAUUGGAUGUUACCCACUCUGUGGAUCAGUUGAAGGCUGCAUUGGGUAAGCUGAAGAUCUUGCAAGAGAAUGGAGUUGAUGUCUUCAUUCAGAAUGCUGGUAUCUACCUCGAGGCCGGUGCAAGCACUGCCACUGCACCAAUUGAGCACUACACUGACCUCUUCGAUGCUAACACGCUCUCUGGUAUCAAGGUUUACCAGGCAAUCUACCCAUACUGGAUUAGAGAGAACAAGGGCGUUACUAAGAAAGCUGUGUAUGUCUCGUCGAUUGUUGCCUCCAUGACUGGGUUCGUUUUUCCCUCUUUCGGUUAUGGUUUGUCCAAGUCUGCCUUGAACUUCCAUGCAAAGCACACCGCCUUUGAACAUUCCAAUAGUGAGAACCCAGUCUUGAAGGAGUCGAUCACUAUCACUUUGCACCCUGGUGUCGUUGCUACGGAUAUGGGUUCUGCAGCCAUCGAGAAGUUUCGUCAAAAUGGGGGUGCCAUUGGCCUCGAUCUUGACAAGAUGGUUAUCUCUCCUCCUCGCAGUGCUUCCGAUAUUGUGAAGGUUAUUGAUGGUUUGAAAUUGGAAGAUACUGGAUCGUUUAUCAGCCAUGACGGAGCCAAGAUUCCUUUCUGA